GAAAUAUGGAGUGUACGGUGGCCCCAGAGGUUUGGUAUUUACGGAUGGCAACGUUCAAAUGCGUUCAUUGCACCAUUCUGGGCUAGGGUGAAACAUGCAGCAUUUAAAACAGGAAAUUCCACGGUUUAUUAUCACGCUUACGAGCAAAACAACCAGAACACGGAUCAAACAAGUAACAUACUCCGUCUGGCCUCACGUCAUGUUCAGAAUUACGCCAGCGAUGAAAAAUUUAGAAACUUUGAAGCCACUUGGGUUCUGGUCGUCACUUGGGUAAAUGUCUGCCCUUACGACGAAUGUACAGAACGUUGUAGUUUGGUAAGUUAUGAUUUUCACAUUAAUUACAUUUUUCAGACCUUUUUCUUACGCACUGUCAUUCUUUGGGCAAACGCUAGCUUUGGGUCGGUGGUUUGACCGUUUUUCAUGACUAUUUUAGCUGCUCCAAACAGUAAGCUCUUUAAUUCAGCAACUUUAGAUUGAUGAUUAGUUUUCGAAUAGACCUUGUCACGGUAUGAGAAUCUAAUGUCGAAUAAUUUCCGUAAAACGGCUUUUCUGAAAAAAAAAAAUGAAUUUUAUAACUAAAGAUUCACUCCUAACGGUUCUACCAAUAAAAAUUGAGGGCGUUAUAUGCAGCUGCAUGCGCUAGAACAACUUUUUAUUCUUUUUUUAAUGUAAAAAUUUUUCUUCCUUUCGCCUAAAAUUUCCCGGGAAAUAUUGUAGACAAAUAUAUGGAAAAUCUAAUACAAGCGUCUGGAGAAAUUUAAGCACAUUAACGACCCCAAAAUUUGUUAGUAAAAUCCUUUGCUGUAGCUUUAGUUUACAGUUCAGUUUUUUUUUCAGAACAGCUGUUUUACUCAAAUUAUUCGACAUUACACUCUCCUCAUACAAACACUGUAAUUUCUCACGCGGUUGCCUACUCGUCAAGAUGGCUUUCAAAACCGUAACAAGGUCCAUAAGACUUCGCUCGCUGUACUACAUUAAUAUUGAUUGAUUGCUUUGUUAGUCCUGUACUAGUCCGCGAAUAGCGCCGUCUCUCCUUGUUCUUUUGUCGCUGCGGAUCGGAUGUGUUCCGCGCACGAAGGACUAGCGUCUUCGCCAUUUUCUAUACCAGGUGUUGGAUCUGUGUUAUUGGCGGAAAAAUGGUAACGUGAGAAACAAGACAAAAUUAAUUCAAUGGGAGGCGCUCGUUGAUUGAGUGGGGAUUAAGUGCACUAUUUUAAAAGACACUUUUUGGCACAAUUUUUUUCGACCUUAUGCCUUCGUUUGGUGAACAUAGAGACUUCAGAUUGCCAUGUUUUGGGUGGAAUGAUUGGCGAGAUUAAAAUAGCGACCACGUCUUAGAAGUUUUUUUUUAAAUUUUUUAAAUAUCCUCAACAUAUUUCCAACAUGAUCGUGGAAACAGUAACAAGAUCCUUGUCCCGUUUCGCCCAUAACUAGCAGGGGGAGUAGCGUGCACGUCAUGCAUUUGACGGCUUGAGUUAAAAUUCAUCGCCAGUUUCAUUUCAGUUUCAGAAUGGCAUUUACUGAAUAAUUCGUCUUAUAAUUUGUGACUAUACCUUCCAUUUUUUUUUUUAAAAUAACGUAUUCCGGGGGGGGAGGAGGAUACUCAACAAAGAUUUAUACAGGAAGGCUACGCCCUGAGGUCCAACCCUUAGCCUUCAAUAUUCUAUUUUUGACAACAAAGGUGCCCCUUUCUUAUACUAUAAUAACCCGCAACUAAGAACCUGUUUUUUAAGAACCUGUUAGACUAAAAGUUGUAAAUUAGUCCCCCUCCAUACCAGAACCUGUUUAGCGUAAAUUUGAAAAAGGUUUUUAUUUUCUAAAAUCUAUAUCAAAAAAAGUGCUGUAUGCUUGGGAAAAUAAGAUAAGUCAACAUUCGGAGUCCUCUUUGGAGACAUAUAUUCCUGAUGAUCACUCCCACUACAAUGUAUUGGAUGCAGAUUUCAUAUAAGCAAUAAGCUGAAUAUAAGACUAAAUACUCUUAGCCUCAACGUGCUUUUUCUUCAGAAAAUAAGAAGCAAUUUAAGAACCUACAUAGCCUAAAUUUGUGCUAAUUACCAUUUAUGUAAGAACCUGCUUAUGCUAACUUGGGAAAAUGCGGUUUCUAGUCGUAGUUACUGCCGUUAUUAGUCGUUUUUAUUGUAUUUGCCAUUGACAAAUGUUACGCCAUUCACAUACCUAGUUUAGAACUUUGCAUCCCUUUUAUCUGCUGUAAAAUUCACUGAAUAAGUAAAUACGAGUAACGAAUAAAUCACUAAACCAGGACGUUUUCUUGGCUUUUUCGCAAUUAUAAAAUGCAUCCGUUGGCCCAUUUGGGCCUAUUUACAGACCGAAAUGACAGACCAGUUCUAUCAGUUCAUAUACUUCAAUUGAUGAAAUCCCUACCCUUUCAUAUGUAGCCGAAGACUGACAAAGGUACCCCUUUCGAGCGUAGCCUCCACGUUUUAAAAUAAUCUUGCUUAGGCUCGCUUGUCGGCUCCCACUCAUUUUCUGAGUGCAGAGUGACUGAAUGAGUGUUUGAAAGUGUGAUUGCCUAUGGGUUCUUUUUAACUUGCUAGCACAGUUUAAUUGAAUCCAGUCAAUUGAGUCUUACGAGAUAAUUGGUUCGAAUCCCGUUGAAGUCCCGGAAUUCGUUUCGGAUUUAUUUGCCUUUGAUUAAAUUGCAAUUACCACUGUGACAGUCAUAUCUUCGCAGUUCACAUCAUUUUCAUGUAACAUUUAACUUGCUACAAAGUUGUUUACAGUUUUUUAAAUCUUCCCGGCUCUACAUUGUUUAUAGGGAUGUCAAGAUGUCGAAAAUAGCUAUGAACAGGUUAAAGAUUUAUCGCUGUACCACUGGCUAAAAUAAUGUCCUGGCUUUUAUGUUUUGUAGAGGAACACUUUUCAAGCAGUAAUCAUAACAGACUGGGGUAAUACGUUUCUGAUGUACAACUACCCUUCAGGAGGAAUCGAGUGGACAGUUAAUGCUCCUGUGUAAGUCAUACAUAUAAAGAAUCAAAGGCCUAGGCCAAACGUCGAACGUUUCAUGAGACGAACCAAACUUAGUGAAAAAUUCGACGUCUGGCUCAGUUAAGUUCGUCUGAAUGAGUUUGGGUUGCCCAACACGUUCUAUCCGUCUUCUUCCUCUCGAUAGAACGUCUGAAGAUCAUCUUCGGGACAAACGUUGAUCUUCACAUGCAACGAACUAGACUAGUAAAGUAAAUGCUAUUUAACCUCGUCCGGGAGAGAAUUUAUUAGAAUUGCUUUUUGGUCUGAUUCAGUUGAUUGGUUCGACGCGUUCUAAGUUCGAAGUCUGACCCGACAGACGAUCGUCACUUAAUUUAGUUCGACCCAAACUAAAAUUUGGUUCGUCUCAUGAAAGUUCGACGUUCUAAGCCGAACAUCGAACUUUCAUGAGACGCCUUACACAUCACAAGGUUAUUGCUGUUAAGUGAGCUUGAAAUGUUUAGAGGGAACACUUCUUUGUUGUUGUUUUUGUGGCUUUUAGGCUGUUUUUAGUGUCUUUGUGGGUCUUUUGUGCCUUUGUGCUGUGGGUUGCAAGGUUUUGUUUUAGUAUUAAAAUACGUUUUAAUUCAUAUUCAAUAGUCAAAGAAAGGUAAUAAUAUACACUUAAUGUCAGAUCCCGAGGGAAACAGUUUUGUUUUCAUGAGAGUCCUGAUGUUUCCCGAGACGAAGUCGGGGGAAAAAUCAGGACUCGAGGGAAAGCAAAACUAACUGGUUUCCAGAGGGACCUGACAUUAAGUCUUAAUCAUUUCUAGACUUUCACUUCAACGUACUUCAACAGCAACAAAAGAAUACGCUUAGGCGGAGCGAAUCAAAACAGUCGCCUUGCCACUUAUAAGAAUUACGAACACACGGAAUGAUUUACAAAGUACUUUCCUAAUAUUAUCUACAUCUUUUUCCUCCACUAGCUGCUGUUUCUCUUCUGGGAUAACUUUGAAAAUCGUUGCUUUUUAGCUUGAGGCUUCAAGUUGUUGUUGUGUUCAUUCACGAAAAAGAAAACUGGCAGCCAGUAGCAGGACCUGGCAGUGUUUUUCCCGCCUUCUGUCACGCCACUUUCCAACAUGCUUUGAUCACGUGCUGUAAUGUAUCACGAUUGGGAUACAUUUAAGCAAUAGACCACACUUUCUAUAGGUUUACCGGCGUGAUAACCCACGCUCUUUUGGGAGAACACGAGAAAGGCUUGUAAAUCACGAGCCGAAGGCGAGUGAUUUACAAGCUUUUCGAGUGUUCUCCCAACAACCCAAGUCGGUUAUCACGCUGGUAAACCCAUAGAAAUUGUGGUCUAUUGCUUUUAUAAAAUAGCUUUAAGUUUUCUGAGUUUACCGGUAUAAUAAACCAUAGGUUUUUAACCAAUCAGAACGCGCCAACUAUCGUUGUUACUUUAUAAUUGGCAAUUAUCUUUCCUGCAGAUCUAAAUAUGCUGAAUGGACAGAUGUGUAUGGUAUUCCAGUAGCCGGAUGGAGCGCUGAAGGCAUUCACAAUCACAACUUGAAAGAGUGAGGCGUGCUAGCUACCCUGUGGCCAGCGCCGCAGACAAAACUAAACUCUGUUUAAGUCUGUCUGUAAAACAGCGCCGAAAUCCUUCUUCUGGCCACCCACCUGCGUACUGGGAUUUAAGUACGCGCCAUAAUCAACCUGUUCAAAAUUCCAUCGUCGAUUUGCCCAUCAAGGUGAAGGAAAUUCGAAACGCUCUUUCGGUAAUUCGUUGAUUCCGUUGGGGCCCAGAACAAGGAUAUCGGCGAUGCUUCGCAGACGUUACUAACCGGGGACUUGAAUUACGCCUGCGACACAGGCUAGUUACCCUGCAGUAAAAGCUCAACAGUGACAAAAUGUUAGAUAAAAAUAAACUACAGUGUACUUGUAUUUACCUGGGAGAAACUCUGUUAGAGUGGAAUCCACGGAAUGCUGUCUUUUCCUUCACGACUUGACAAUAAGUCACGACAAGGAAAUGAACGUAUCUUUCAAAAGUUCUCUUAAUUUGGCAAAACUUUCCUGUGGCAAUCUGAUUGCUGUUAAACAAAGAUUUAAUUUAUCUUUAAUUUAUUGCAAUACUUCUCAUGCCCUAUGCCCUUUGUUCAAAAUAAAGGUUCAGGUUAAUGUAUGUACUCUUUUAUAUACAUGCAUGUAUACGUGCGCCAUACCUUUUAAAAGGGGUAGAAAAUACGGACUUCAACGAUGUUAAAAUGCUCCAUCACUGGGUCUCUAUUUGGCUCAUUAUGUAUGCAGUUCUCUUCCCUUGAAAAGGAUGUACUAUCCAGAUUUUCUCUAAACUUGGCACAAUUGAAACCCAUAUACAUGUGUAUAGGACACUGUAGUAAAGAGAUGGGGUCACCAUGCUUGUUUUCGCCUUCCGUGCCCGUAAUUACCAUACUAAUGGUAUGAUGAUCCCAUGAUCCCAUACUAAUGGUAUGGGGUUUAAGGUCUGGGUCAAAGGUGUGUUCGAAGCAUAUGAAUGAUCGGCAAUAUCUCUCCCUAGAAGACCUAGAAAAAAACUAAUUUUUCCCUAAAAGUAAAUCUUCAGGUUUUCUUGUGCCUUCACGUUUAAGUGAAAAUGAAGGAAGAUGGCGAAUUCAUUGUGGCGAAUUUACUUUGUUUGGAUAAACAAAGAGGAAAAGAGGAUAAACAUACCAAACUAUUAUGUUUGCAAUAAAUGUACGCGAAGUUUAAUAUCAAGUGUUGAAUAAUUCAAGAUUAAAUUUACCCUCUAAAUUUUUUAUCGAAGUGCAAUGGACGGUCAUUCCAAGCAUGAAGUGUUAGAGAUAUUUAAUAAGAAUUAGAAAAGUGCUAGUGCUCGAUUUCUAUUUUUUAAACCGGUCACCAUUUGGUCUAAAAUUAAGAUUUUUUGGCAUAUGGUCACACGACAUAUCACGUGAUAUUACAAGUUACUUGAAAUAUUGCCAAACUCAAGCAUUAAUGAUAAUAACUGCUUUAUUUACCCGCGACAGCCUUUAAAGCUCAAAGUAUAGUGGGGCCGAGCAAUGCCUGGAAUAAUAUCAACCAAACAUAAUGGGGUUAAUAGCGACAACUGACCGGAGGCAAUUCACGCAGGUUUGUGGAGGAUCUGAAGUCAGGAUAACCGUAAACAAUUCCAGCCAGCGAUCAGGGCAAGACUUGCAGUCGGGGCCUCCUUUGGGCAAACCACUCGGCCACGCUAUCUCCUGUUCAAUUUUUUGCUAGUUCCUGGAGUGGCUUGAUGUGUUGUGCUGUAAUAAUUAACUUUUUUUUGUGAUCGCUAAACAUUUGAUAGACAAAAUAUUAUACCAUUGUUUUAUACAGGUCAGGUUCUUUGCUGGGAAUGUAUAAUUUGGACAAGAGGAAUGGAAAUACAGGCACGCUAGGCAGAUAUUUUUGGAGAAUAGAAAACCAGGAAAGAGACAGUGACAUAAAAAAGUGCAUCGAUUGGAUUACUUUUCAAGACGACGUGAAGUUUAGGUCUUGGUAUGAUCAGCAGUUUCGAUCUCAAAGUUCAAACCAGCGUCUGGCGUGUCCGUGCACUAUAUGGCAGGCACUUCUGGACAGGGGACGAUUCUUUCUGGACCGUUCAUACUCUUCUUCAAACUUUUGUUUUAGAUCCAGAGGUUCCAGGAUCUUUUUUCAUAUCAUUGAUGAUAUUGGCUUUGCCUUUUUUCGGAUAAGACAGCUCUGCUGUUUCAGUGACCUUGGUUUCCUUAUAACUGGUCCCCCCGACGGAAGUCACGUUAUAGCGGAACGACUUUGUAGCGUGAGAGAGGAUACAACAGACAAAGACGCCAAAACAUUUUGCUGUGCUGAUCGAGAUUUGUGCAAUGAAUAUUACUUUUAUCGCCCAAGUGAUGACUGCUUUUUUUACCGACCUCCUAGCAGACGUAAGUUUUUGUUGUUGUGCUACCUCUUUCUUUAAACAAGGAUGUCUUAUUUAGUGCUAUUGGAGGCUGAAAAGAGAGUAUCGAGGUUAAUUUUUUCCGAAUCUAGAGCCUAAAAAAAAUGUUUAAAAUCUCUAGAAACUGAUGCUUAGAAGCUUUCAGUGCGAUUACUAUAAUCGGGGCCACCUAGACAAAGUUGACAAUUCGGAUUACAGGAAAAUAACAAAAUAUAAUUUUUUUUCCGAGAAAGUUAGGCCCGGUUUCAACGGCGUUCCACUCACGUGCCGAACCUAACUGAUGAAAUAACUACGGCAAAAGAGCGGCGUCUGAAUCUACAGAGAGACUCUGAGACAUUCCUAAGGCUGUUUUAUUACAAAUUAUAUUUUUUUGGAGACAAUUAUAAUGUUCGAAUUUGUGAAAUGUACCAAUGUAUUUUUAGCAUAAUUCAUGCUCAAAAUGCAUUUCGCGUAUUUCCUUCACUGCCCAAAACCACGUUUACUGCCAGGGGCUGUGCAGUAUCUUAAGAGGUAACAGCUUUGAAAAGCUUGAGAACUCUGUUUCUCCUCAUUUAAUGCCUUAAUAACUUGCUAUGUUGUUCCAGGUUGGUUCUGGGGUGAUCCUCAUUUUAAGACACUAGAUGGUGGGAAUUAUACAUUCAACGGCCUUGGUGAAUAUGUAAUGAUCGAUGCACAAGAUGGGGUAUUCCAAUUACAAGCUAGGACACACCUUGCCAAACGAAAUUCAACUACUGCCACCAUUUUCUCAGCCGGUGCUGCUAAAGAAGAAAACACAAGC